UGAACUUAACUGGGCCAGGAUGGUUCCAGACUACAGACAAUCGCCGCCUGCAGGGGAUCCUGGUUCCUUUUCCCGCUUGUCUGAGGCACAAAGUCCACUGCAACCAUGUCUGACGAAGUUGAUCAGGUUGAGGAACACCAUGAAGGCGGAGUUACGGAAGAGGUUGCUGAGGUUGAGGUCGCUCCCGAGGCUGCCCCCGAGGCUGAGGCAGAGCCCGAGCCUGAGCCCGAGCCCGAGGCAGCCCCGGAGCCCGAACCUGAGCCCGAGCCUGAGCCAGAGCCUGUGGCUGAACCAGAACCUGAACCUGAACCUGAGCCAGAACCUGAGCCUGUGGCUGAACCAGAACCCGAGCCCGAGCCCGAGCCUGAGCCCGAGGAAGAUGAGAAGCCCAAGUUCAAGCCAACCGCCCCCAAGAUCCCCGAUGGUGACAAAGUGGACUUUGAUGACAUCCAGAAGAAACGUCAGAACAAGGACCUGAUGGAGCUGCAGGCCUUGAUUGAUGCUCACUUCGAGCUGAGGAAGAAGGAGGAGGAAGAGCUCAUUGCCCUCAAGGAGAGAAUCGAGAAGCGCAGAGCAGAGAGAGCAGAGCAGCAGAGAAUCCAGGCAGAGAAGGAAAAGGAACGCGCCGCCAGACGUGAGGAAGAGAGGCAGAAGAGGGCAGAGGCUGACGCCAAGAAGAAGGCAGAUGAUGAAGCUCAGAAGAAGUCCGCUCUUGCCAACCUCGGCGGCGGCUACAGCAGCCACUUGCAGAAGGCUGACCAGAAGAGAGGCAAGAAGCAGACAGAGAGGGAAAAGAAGAAGAAGAUCCUGGCUGACAGACGCAAGGCCCUCAACAUCGACCAUCUGAACGAGGACAAGCUCAAGGAGAAGGCCAAGGAGCUGUACGACUGGCUGAGAUCUCUGGAGGGUGAGAAGUUCGACCACAUGGAGAAGCUGAAGAGGCAGAAGUAUGAGGUCACAACACUGCGCAAGAGAGUGGAGGAGCUCAGCAAAUUCAGCAAAAAGGGAGCCGCCACCCGCCGCAGAAAGUAAGCUGUGUAGACCAGAUCCUCCCCUGCCUCGGAAUCAACUUCUACUACCACAGCUUAAUGCACGGAAAAGAAAUGUGUCACCUCGCAGUUUCCCUGUCUCUCUUUGUGCUGUCCUGCAACACUGCAGACGGUGCUGCAGUCAAAGAGAGACAUGCCCUCGCAGGCCUGGCUGAUUACCCCCGUAGGCAGUUGUUAAGUUUCCCUUUUUUCGUGUAAAUAAAGUGUAACACUCCAUCAAUGUCUGUAGACCUCUGAUUAUUUGAAUCUAAAUAAAAAAGUAUUUAAUUUUC